CUUACAUCACGAUAGUGUCGCCAGCAUUGAACAUGCUCCUCUCCAAUCAUGUCCCGCGCGCCCUCUUUGUUUAACUGCCUCAUUCGUACACAUCACAUCACCUCGCGCAAGAAGGUACAGCGCGUGCGACGGGCGGCGAGCCAGCUCAAUGUAGACUGGGUGUUCAUCCGCAGCGGUGGGUCACCUGGCAUCAUGUUCGCCGAGUCUCGCGACGAGGCUGGACUGGUAGAGUGGGUUGCUGCUGUGCAAGCACUACGGUACAAAGACUUUCGGUGCGCCGUACGACCAGGGCCGGCGCCUGUGACUGGGAAUGGAGCGAAGGGCAAAGGUGAAAAUGGACGUCUUUUGAGGGCAACGGGAUUCGAUGAGACGGAGUCGGUGGCGGAGUUUGCGAGGCAGAUGGACGUCAGAGGACUGGGAGCAUGGUGGAAGAGGGGAAUGGGAUAUGAGUCGGAUGGGCAAUGACGAGGAGAUAUUCUGACCGCAUCACCUACCACCAGGCUUAAUCGAAAUUCAACAAGGUCAUUCUUUGAUCACCAGUUGCAAGUCACAAGGAUGCUGGGAUAAGUGGAUGUACUCAAAGUCCGCCAGCGACUAGAAGGAAUUCCCAAGCGCUAUGCUCAAGCUGUUGAGAUAUUGUAGAAGCUCACUGCUAGAUUCUUGAUGAGGAGCCAACAGUUGUGUUCUGGCAGCUCAGUUGCAUUCUCUUGGACCUUCCCAUUCAACCUUUUGGGGUCGAAGAGGCUACAGUUCAUCGAGAUAGAAG